AUGUCAGCUAGCCAAAAUGAGAAGGACCUGAAAAUUGUUUUAUACCCAGACCCGGUGCUUCGGAAGAAGUGCGACGAGGUGGUGCACUUUGACGACAAUUUGAGGACCCUCGUCAGAAGCAUGUUCAACGUGAUGUACGAAAGUAAAGGGAUGGGGCUAGCAGCUCCCCAAGUGAACAUCAGCAGGAGGAUAAUCGUGUGGAAUGCACUGUAUGAGAAAAAGAAAAAGGAAAAUGAAAGGGUCUUCAUCAAUCCCAGCAUUGUGGAGCCAAGUCUCGUUCGAUCCAAAUUGGUAGAGGGCUGCUUGUCAUUUCCAGACAUUGAGGGGAAGGUAGAUCGGCCAAGUGUUGUCUCCAUCAGCUACUACGAUUUGGACGGCAAUAAGCAUUUGAAAAUUUUGAAGGGGAUCCAUGCGAGGAUCUUCCAGCAUGAGUAUGACCACCUCGAUGGCGUUUUAUUCAUCGACCGCUUUAGCCAAUCGGAGAGGCAUAAAGUUCGAGCCAAGUUGAACGCACUGAUCCGCACGUUUAGGAGUAACUGCGAGGGGGAGCCCGCCAUAUGA